UACUGGCGUGUACUGGAUCGACUGAAACGACAUUGGGUGUCAGCUCUGCAGCUCGGCCUUCGACUAUAUAGUGUCAAUAGGGAUCUGAGGGAAACCUCCCGCUCCUUCGAUGCUCGAAGCCCGCCCGUAAAUACAAGUGACCACAACGACGGUGAUGAACUCUGCAUGCUUUGGCAUUUUCACGAACAUCUUUACGACCCCCUCGACCCGGAAUCAAGCGACCUUACCUUUACUCUCCGGCGACAUGACUGACAACGAUGAGCCUAUAACGAAAGCCGGAUGUAUCUUUUGCGAUGUCACGGUUGAAAGGGGUUUUAGGGUUCACGAUUCUACGGAAAAAUUGAUCGCAUUCCAUGAUCGAUCCCCUGGCGCUCAAACUCACAUACUGGUGAUACCUUGUCAUCACAUUUCAACAGUAAAAGAUCUAAGGGAGCACCACAUACCGCUUCUAACGGAAAUGGAAAGCUUUGGCCAUAGGAUCUUGAACGAUCUGGGUGUGAGCGAAUCUGGCCGACGUCUCGGCUUUCAUAUACCGCCAUUUUCAUCCGUCCAUCAUAUUCACCUGCACGCACUGUCCCUGCCCCUGACCCACCGUUGGGCUUACGUAAAAUAUCGGAAUACUCGCAGGGGACCGUCCUAUCUUGCCAACCCGCCACAAUCAGAACCAACCCAAGCGAACACUGUCAGAGUUGCGGAAGAAGCUCGUACAGGGAGAGGUGGCAAGAAGUGGGGAUGGUUCGUGGAUGUAAGGGAUGCCAAGGACAUCCUUGCUGCUGGAAAGACGAUCAAGGUCGGCAGCGUCCGGGCGUGAUCGCGCUGAUGUAAUUCGAGGCCAAAGUCGUGGGAUAUGCAUCGGAACUAUACUCGCUUCUUGCGCAACUCGCCCAUUCAAAGUUGUUCUGCCUAAUUCGGGUUAGGACGAAACUCGGACCUCAGACAGCGAAGAGGCCUCCUCCUCGGUGCCGCACCAUCAUCCUACUGUUCUCGAGACGUCGAACCUCUCAGCAUUGACCCUGUUGUUCUCCUUGGACGGACGCAGCCAUUGCUCCUGCAAAAUGUACAUCCCCUAGUGUUUAAAACAGAGAUGGGCGACGAGAUUGCAUGGGCCCGACACGACGUAGUAGCGUUUCUUGGAGGCCUUCAACAGCCUAGCCGAUACCGCCGCGAUAUGAUCGGUUGAAUCGAAUCCUGUCUUGGAAAUGUAGGCCAGACUGAGGG